AUGGCGGGGAAGCAAGGAGUUUCGCGACUCCUAGCCCGUCACAGAGCUUCCCUUGUUCGAGAUUUAGACACGAAUAAGAUUUUACCUCACUUAGUGGCUAAAGAAGUUAUAUCCACGUCCGAGGAGAGACAGGUGCUCGACGUCAGUGAUCCACGGAAGCGAACAGAGGUCCUGCUGGACAUUUUGGGAAAGAGGGGCUUGGGAGCAUUUCACGAUUUUUGCUCUUGUUUGGAGAAAGUUUCUCCUCACUUGCUGACAGGAUUUCUGUUAGACAAUCCAGGCAGUCUUUCCCCAGAUGGAGAGAAAAAGCCGACACAGGCCCUACAGCUCAGCCUGGAACUGGCUCUCAAUGAGCGAGAUCUGAUGCUGAGGGAGAACGCCAAGGCCGUCGAGGAACGCGAUCAGGCGAUCAGACAGCUAGAGCAGCUCAGGAGCGAGCACAACUCAGCGUUAACGAGUCUAGAGAACAUUACAGGAAAACCGUCCAAAAAUACAAACUCAAAGUCAACAGAACUGAGCCCUGCAGCACACAGAAAAAGUCAGAGACUCCUAGAGAAAUUCAGAGACAUGGAGCAGGAAACUGAUCAUGAAGAUGGCUUUGUGAAAAAACCUCAAAAAGUAAAGGGGCUGGACAAUGUCACGUGGGAGACCCAUAAUGUCACAUUAAAAAGAGUGCCUGGAUUUGGAUUUGGAAUAGCGGUCAGUGGGGGGCGAGACAAUCCACAUUUUGCUAACGGAGAUCCGUCAAUAGCUAUAUCCGACGUCCUGACCGCGGGCCCUGCAGAGGGCAGACUACUGAUAAACGACCGCGUGGCAACAAGUAAUACUGUAAAGAAGUAAGGUAAUUAUACAGGCAAACAGGCCAUCGCUGUACUCAAAGACAGUGGGAAUAAGGUCAACCUGGUCAUAAGAAGACGUGUGUUGGUCCCUACUUACACAGAAAUGGACAACAGUCCACUUAAAAUAACACUCGCCCGCAAAAACAGACGAGAUGAUAUUGGAGUGGUCCUGGGAUGUAAAUUUUACAUCAAAGAAAUCACGGGGAACAGCAUAGCAGCCCAAGAUGGAGGACUGAAAGAAGGAGACGUUGUUCUCAAGAUUAACAGUACUCCAAUAGAGAAUCUAUCCUUGGUUGAUGCUAAGAAAAUGAUAGAGAAAACCAAGGAUAAACUCCAGCUGUUUAUCUCCAAAUCUCGCUAUGAGGACCGCCUACCAUCCACAAACAAAGCUCAGGAGGACGAAUAUUCCCUAGGCUAUGGCACUCUACAAGGGACCCUCCAGACUAAGCGGUCGGACAUCGACAACGUCAACAUCUACCGCCCCUCCCUCAGUAGUCCCGAGGAAGAGGCAUAUAAGGGGCAUCACAACUACCAGGAAAUUCCCCCCGGGGCGUACCCCGGCACUGAGCAUGCUCGGUACGACGGGAGAUACGUGUAUGACCACGAGGCUCCGCCCCGACCUCCACUGCCAGACGAAACAGAUGCCCCACCCAGACCCCCCAGUCCGGGUAAAGAGCUGCUGAGACCUGAUGACUUCUACUCCCCCCGAAGUCCCCGCACCCCCCACUCUCCCACAGCAGAGGGCUACAUGAGUGACCAUGGGAGAAUGGACCCCCACAUGCAACGGAGGCACCAUGACGAGAGAUAUGUGGGAAAGAGAAAGGACAUAGUGCUUGAUCCCCGGUUUGUUUAUUUCGAGAAGGAGCCAGAAUUUGGUCUGGGAUUGAGGCUAGCGGGAGGGAAUGCCACUGGUAUAUUUAUAGCAUCAGUCCAGCCAGGAAGUGGUGCUGAGGCUGUGGGGCUCACUGAGGGAGACCAAAUACUGAAGGCCAACGAUGUGGAGAUCCCUGGAAUGACCCGAGAGGACGCGGUGACCUACUUAACCAGUCUGGAGGGGCGGGUCUCCAUGGUCGUCCAGUACAAGAGAGAGGAAUAUGACAGGAUUAUAUCAAGUCAUGAAGCAGGAGACAGCUUUUAUAUAAGAACCCAUUUCGAAUACCAGGCCAAAGAUGUUGGUGAACUGUCCUUUACAAUAGGGGAUAUCUUCCACAUUAAGGACACACUGUUCCGCGGUGUGGUUGGAUACUGGUUAGCCAUGAGGAUAGGCAGGAAUAACCAGGAGACCCAGAAAGGAUUCAUCCCCAAUAAGAAUAGUGCUGAGAUGCUGUUUUCAGCCUCCACAAAUACAGAGUCAGAAAAGGAAAACUCCCCCACUAAAAGUCGCAGCCUCAUUUUCAAGAGAAAGGCAGCCAGGCGCAGCAAAUCACUGGGCAAAGACCAUUGGGAAGAUGUUAUUUUCUCCAAUUUAACGACAAAAUUUAUCAAGGACAAAAAUUCUGGAUUUGUUAGACCUGUGGUCAUUUUUGGUGCACUGGCCGAUGUGGCCAGAGAAAAACUUUUAAAAGAAUUCCCUGAUCAAUUUGAGUCACCUCAGGCUGAUGCUAACAGCCCAGGGGGUAAUGACCAGAGAAAAUCGGGAAUCAUUCGACUUGGUGCAAUCAAAGAGAUUAUUAAUAAGAGAAAACACUGUCUGUUGGACGUGACACCACACAAUGUAGAUAAGCUGAACUAUGCCCAGUAUUACCCCAUUGUGGUAUUCCUCAAGGCAGAAAACAAGACCAUAGUCAAAGAGUGCCGAGCCAAGUUUGCCAAGGGCUCCACUAAAAACCACAAAAAGCUGUUUGAACAAAGUCAGAAACUGGAGAAAUUGUAUCCUCAUUUAUUCACUGCCACCAUCAGUCAUAACAGUACAGAGAUCUGGUACCAGCGUAUGAUAGAGAUGGUCCAGCUCCAGCAGACCCAGCCCAUCUGGAUGUCGGAGCACAAACCCGAGGACAACGUAAACGAUGACUUCCUCUUCCCUAUGGGCAGCAGAGCUAGCUAUUCUCCCCAGCAGGAGAACGAGCCCAGCACCCCCACCAAGGCCCCCCGUGACGACUUUGAUGCCUCCCCCAAGCACAAGAAGCGUCUGAUUCGGUCGUCCUCUGACCCCAGUAUUAACACCACCGAUCGUGUCCCUGGCAUUCCCCCUUAUCCAGCACCCCCCAGCUACCACCGAUCUCCUGCCUCUCCACAUGGGGGAUUGAUGGAUGACAGGAGAUAUGUAGAUUUUGACCGCCAUUAAAAUCAACAAAAAAUUGCAGAGAGUCUUCCACCCGGCCAGUUCCCACAUUCACGCUCCAUCGAUCCCUAUGCCACAAUCACUCCACAUGAACGUCUACGCAGCAAAAUCCCAGAAGAUGGUCAGUGGUACAAUCCGGCCUAUGAUGAUCGAGGGCCUCAGAGAUUUAAUCCAGAUUAUCAUCGCUCUGAACCAGAUCUGGGGCGCCACAUCAGCCAUAAUCGUCCAUCAACUGCAUCACUGCCACCACCUCAGCCCCACCAACCCCACAGUCCAGCCUCAGGCCCCCCGCCUCACCCACAGCAUUCACAGCCAUUCCAAGAAAAUGCCUCGAGCUACAGCAGUGACUCUUACUCUCGUUACACAUCAAAUCCCGUCAAUCGUCAUGAUGAUUCAAAAUUACGAGAGAAAUUCGGCAGCAUGGCGGUAGCAGGUAAAGGAGAGAGGUCAAAUUCCCACAAUCCCUACAGAUUUACGCGGAGUACGGCGAACCCCGUUAACACCGCCAACGUAGACAAAUCUAAACUGUCCGACCUGUCAGCUCGCUACAGAAAAGACGAGCAGCAACCUUCACGCAAACAGUCACUUCCAUCUCCCACCAUUUCACCCCCAGUCAAUCAGCCCCAAGUAUCCUCCGUACCUUCCCAUCAUGCCCCAUUACAGGAUGGGGCGCCACUGAGAGUGAAAAAAGAGCCACCGCCCGUGCCCGUCAAGACUUAUCACCUGAGAGAUAGGGGGAUAGAGCCAGAUGAUCUCAAAAUUCGAAAUUAUGAAAAUUCCAACAGAGCUUACAAUUACUCCGAUCCCAGCAGCUACCCGGCACCAGACCAGAAACACCAGUAUAAUGAUCAAAAUGAAAAUCCAUACGACUAUGUUGCCCCCAGGCAGCAUAUGAACAGAUCUCGAACGUCACCAAAUCAAAACGCAGUGUACGCUCGGCCCUACACGAUGUCAGAAAAACACGCACGGGAAGGGUCGUAUGAUCGGGGAAGGUCAUUCAUGAACCAGAUCUACAUGGAUACGGAGCAGCUUCAGAAGUUGAGAGCCCGGCAGGAUAAUGGCCCUCCUCCAAUGAGUAGCCAUGGCAACAGAGAUCUAGCGGCAGCAAGGGAUUCUGGGUAUCCAAGUCCUGACCGUCCCAGUGGAGCUGAUGACAUCAAUGGACAUUCUAAUCAAGGCGAGGGGAUCAGUGACCCUAGGACUAGUUUCUCUUCCUAUAAGAACCUUAUAACCCCAGGGUUUUAUGGCGCCAAAAAACCCACCUACUUUAUGCCUGAUGAUUUAGGAGACCAAAACAAAGUGACAAGUCAUGACGCCAGUGACCGAGAACGGAGUAGUCACGAAGACAGCGACGAUCGCAGCAGUGCCUUCGAGGCCUAUAGAAAACCCGUCAUGUCUACAUUCGGGAAAGUGUCCCCUGGAAAAGGCUUCGAACCCAGCAAACACAUAAGAACAUCCAGUCCCAAACCUGAUAUUGUUUUGAAUAAGAAUUCUGUUGAUAAUGACAUCACAAAUGAUGUCACAGCACCUGAAGGUGUCAAGUAUGACACACCACCAGAAAAUCUAGAAACAAGGGAUUCUGGUGAAAACCAAAACACAAAUUCAUCCUCGGAAGAUACAGGCACAAUUAAAAGGCGUGUAAAGAGGAAAGAACUCAAUGGUACUGAUACAGUUAGUGCCAAGCAGGAAACUGAUGACAAAAAGGAUGAUUCGGGUGAUGAUUCUGACAAUGAUCAACAGGAACUCAGUCCAACAGAAAGCACAGGUUUCUCUACCCAUGAAGAACCAGCAGUUGCUUCAGCAUUGAAUAAUGGCAGUGCCAGCCCUUAUGAUGUAAAUGUGGAUCCAGCAAUUAGUUACUCCUCAAAGUAUUCCCUCAGAAUUGCUCACCAUUUAGAGGAAAACAACAAGGGAGUUAAAUCCUUUCAGAAUGAUGGACAGGGCAAAAGUGGCACCAAAAUACCAACUUCUUUGAAGACGGACAAAUAUGAUGACCAGCAUAGACAUUCACAAGACAGUGAUGAUGAAGGUAAAAGAAAGGUUGCCAACAGCCAGAGGUAUGCUUUUAUUCGCAGAUCAGGACUUGCUGGAGAGAGGAGGCAUCAUGAUAAUUAUGAGGGCCAUUCUUCAGAAGAAAUGGAUGAUCCUCCUGUAGACCCACCAAAAAGUCAGAAAUAUGCUAGCAUCCAUAAGUCUGGAUUUUCUGGUGAGAGAAGACCUCUUGAUAAUCAUAUCAGCCAUUCUUCACUUGAUAGAGAUACACCUGUAGAAAAUGCAGAUAGCCAGAAAUAUGCUAACAUUCACAAGGCAGGAUUUUCUGGUGAAAAGAAGGUUCAAGAUGAAGAUGACAUCCAUCAUGUGCAUAUGCAUGCAGCAAAAGAAACGGACCCACUUGUUGACGAAAGUGGAAAACAGGAAGUAACACGUGGAAAGGUACCUCCAGCAAGUGUGUUUAGUUUUCCAAAGAUGAGGUUGGAUCGAUACAAGUUAGGAAAUGAUAGCAAGACUCCUGCAACAGGCAAUAGAACUGAUAGGUAUAGGGGGUUACUGGGAACACAUGGACGAAUGUCUUCCUAUGAAAAAUCUUCUGAUGUUGUGGAUGGGGAGCAAAAUGGACAUCAGAAUCAAGAUUCAAAUGCUGGGGAUACUAAGGAACCCUAUGGAAAAAUUAAAGUAGAAAAGGUCUCCGAAAAUGAAAGUCCAAAGGAUCAUUCAAUGAAAGAUGUUCCAGAAGACUUACAUGAUACUGUUAAUGCCAAGCAAAGUGAGAUGGAUGAUGACAGUGGGGAACUGAAUGAAAGCCCUUCCAGUAACACAUUGGUGGAAAAUGAGGAUGACUCAUCCACUGACACUGCCUCUGAAGAUGGAUCAUUAGUGAAGAGCCCUUCUAACAAUACACUGGUGGAAAUGAAUGUAGAAAAUAAAGAUCAGGUGGAAGAUGAUUACAAUGGGUCAGAUGAUGAAGUAGACUCUGUAAAAGGCCAAAGCAAUGGGGAGGUAAAGGAAAACAAUAUUCAUGGAUUAUCUGUUGAUCAUGUAAUGGAUAAGAGAGAUGGGAUGGAAAAUGGAAUUGGUAAGAAAUAUAAAACAUCAGAGUCUUCAAAGCUUCAGGAGGAAAGAAAUUUCAGUGGAAAGGAUAGCAAAGGUCCACCUGAAACCAAAGCACAAAAGGUAGAGACAAAAAGUGGGAAUGAUUUUUCAUUUAAAAGGAAGACUGAGCAGAAGGCGAAUGAUGAAAAAGCAGCCUCAAAUGUUAAACAAGAUAACAAAGCAGAUAAAGAGGUCAUGGAGAUUUUGGAUUAUGAUAGAAUGUAUGAUAGACCCACCAUUGGUCAUUCUUUGACCCGAGGAAUCGGUCACGAAUCUCCGACUAGAGAGGUCAAAGGGCAAGAAGUCAGGAGGAGUCAAGGUUCAGUGAAAGGUCGCAAGGUUCAGAAAAAUCAGGAAUUUAGAACAAGUCAUGAAAUUAAACAUGUAAAGAAGUGGCCAGAUCACACUGAGAUAAAUCGACAGUCUGUCGAGCAAGUGGUAAGAAAUGAGAGGCCAAUUGGUAACGAAAGCGAUAAAGAGAAGCACACCAUCUAUAAAACCUAUAGACGGACCUCAAAGGUCACCAAGCGAGAUGUGUUAGCUUACAACAAAGACAUCAAGGAGACCUGUGUUGAUGAUAUUUAUGAUGACGAAGUCGACGAUAAGGCCGGGAAGACUGUGAGUAGAAUUCCUGACUUUUCCAAAGACAAUGAAAGGAAUGGGUCAGAUGGGAGGAAUGGGAAUUUGAAAAAUGGCAAUGCUGAUGACUCAGAGGAAGAUGCUUUCACAAUUAGUCUUAAGAAACUGCAUCUUGAAAAUUUAAACAUUGGUGCCACACUCUCUUCUGAUACUAACAUCACUACAUCACCGAUAGACUCUACCUCGGCCAAAACGACCGAGGAGGUCACCCAAAGGUCAGAGGCAACUGACCCCGUGACCGGCGAUAGCGGGGCCAAAGGUGAAAGGUCAAAUGCAGAGCAAGUCUCUGCUAGCAACACCUUUCUUGUUGGACCAGACACUGGUCAGCUGAUAGAGGGGAACCACACAGUGGUGGCUACAGCCAGGGGUGUGUUUGACCAUCAGGGAGGGGUGCUGGAAUCCCCAGAAACAGGUGUUAGCAUAGUCAUUCCAAAAGCUGCAAUUCCAGAGGGAGUAACGCAGGAGAUUUACUUCAAAGUGUGCAAGGAUAACAAUAUUCUCCCUCCUCUGGACAAAGAUAAGGGAGAAACUCUUCUUAGUCCUCUAGUCAUGUGUGGGCCACACGGCCUUAAAUUCCUUCAGCCUGUGGAACUACGCCUUCCUCAUUGUGCCUCUGUUAACCCUGACAGCUGGUCAUUUGCCCUUAAAUCCAGUGAUUCUCCUACAGGUCAUCCCACACAGUGGCAGAACAUGACGUUGGCAGGGAUGGAUGGGGUGGCGCAGGGGCGCGUAGGAAGGAACAGUGUAUCAGUACUGGUGGACCACUUCUGAUGGACAUUCUCAAAACCUGAAAAAAAUCAAACUCAUUCUGACUUCAGAUAUAGUUCAUAGUGGGAAGGUUAUAAAAAAAAAAGCACAUUGCUCUUUUCUAGGACACUUCUGAUGGGGAUCUCUGGUUACAUAGUGCUUUUUUGCUCUGGGUUGUGAUGUUUUGGAGGUUGUGAUCAACAUUUCAAUGAAAAAACUUUUUUCAGUUCAAUUCAUGCUGGGAUUAUUGUGGACCAUAAAAAAAAACAUUGAACAAAAGUUGGACAUUGCAUGAUUUAAAAAAAAUCAAAAGUAAUGCAAAGUAUAAUAAAAAAAAGAAAUGAAACACAGCAAUAUUUUUUUGGCUCUAAAUGCAGUGCCUGUUACAUGUAUUGCCUGUUGUAUUCUUUUAUUCAAUUUUAUAUUCGAAACAAAAACAUUUUAGAACUCAGAGUUAAUGCAAUGUUUUCUUCCUCUCAAAUUUUCUGUUGUCAUUAAGUACAGCUAGGAGACAGAAUAGAAAAAUCAAGAGCUCUUCAUUAUUCAAACCAAAAUAUCUUGGAAGAAUGAAAUAUAUUUAAACAUGGCUAUGGAAGGCCAUAAAAGGUUGUUUUUCCUGAAAGAUUUUGUUUUCGCUUGAAAGGUUAGUUAUAUGUAUUGUGAUAUUCUUCAAUUUGUUUUUUUUUUUGUUCAAGUGAGUUACAAGUACGUGUACAUUGUGUUUUUUGUUCUUUCUUAUUGUAUACUGAGUUCCAGUAUUUUGUUUUUUUUUUUAUUGAAAAGUACCAAUUGAAACAUCAAAAUAAGUCAUUACUUAUAUAUUACUUGGAUUUUUAAGUUGCGCUUCUAUUUUUGUGAAAUAGUCAGUACUGGUGUAUAUAUAAUGUAUGCCACAUAACAAAUGCGUUUUCAUUGACAACAUCGAAGAAUUGUAUUCAACAAACUAUAUAUAUACUACAUACAUAAAUUAUAUAGUACACAAUGGUCAUAUAUUUCUCCACUAAAUGAUAUUUUUUGGUUCAUAUUUUGCAAUAUUAACUGGGAAGUUUAAAAUUCUUGCAAUAUUUCAUGGAGAUUGGCUUUUCAGUGCUGUUUAUUUUAAGACAUUUUCAACUUCGUAUUGAGGCAUGUUUUGAUUAUUUUUCAUAAUUGAGAAAAGAGCUAGUGGUCAGAUUUGAGAAAAUUUUCAUGUGUGCUUGCUGGAUACAAGUUUGGAAUAAACAUAAUUAUGCAUAAAUACUGUUUUAGAAGAAAAAUCAUAACAGGAUUGUAUUUUUACAUGUAUUGAAAUCUAAUCAAAAAUGGCAAGGAAAGAAUUUUCUAGUUUUUACCCAAUUUUCGAGGAAAGUUCCAUUAUAUUUUCUUGCUCUUUGAUUGUUAAAAUUUGACAGCCAUCUUCAAAAUAUAAAUGUUUAAAAAAGGCAUGAAUUCAUGCAUUUUUAUAAAUGAUUCUUUUUGCGCAUUUGUGAGCAUUAUGCGAAGAACAUAAAGAACACAGCUAAUAAUCUCACCCAAUCUGAUCAGCUUUGUAGUUUAGUACAUAUCUCUUUCUUCCUUUUCUUUUUAGGAGUGUUUUAAUUUCACAAAAUAUGCUAUUUGUUUGAAAUAUUAAAAAGAGGCAUUAUUCUUUAAAAAGAAAUAUAUAUCUUGAAAAUAGCAAUUUAUAUGAUCAUGCAAAAAUACUUGCAAUGAUAUCUGAAAAUAUCAGAAUGCUGAUAAUAAACGGUUGAGAAAAUAUCUACUAGAUUUAAGUAAUAUUGCUGUGAUAUUUUUUUUACUAAAGAAAGCUGGCCAUCAAGUAUUUGUAAUGCUUCUUAUACAAGCCAUGUGUUGUGAGAAUUUAUGGUACAUUGAGUCCGAAUGAUAUUCUGUUUGAUUGUAUAAAAACAUUUGUGGAGUUUUGAACCUCAUAAUUCAUUUAAAAAUAUUUGGUUAGAAAAAAAUCGUAUAUAAUUUAAUAAUUUGUAGCAACAUUUUUGACCAUUUUUAGAAUUUAUGCACAAUGUAUAUGUAACAAAUUCAUUUCCUUUUACCAUGUUUACUAAGAAAAACACAUUUUUACUAGUAUCAAGUCCAUCACACAAAAACAAAGAAUACUCAAAAUAACAUGCUUCUUUAAUUCAUUUUUUUGUUCAGUUCCUUUUUAUUGGAGCGGUUGUAUUUAUGCAAAAUUUCAUUGAAUUUGAAUGAAAAAAAUAUCUUGAAGACAACAAAAGUAGCAUUUUGUGCAUCAGGUCAGUAAGCAAGAACGAACUUGUUGGUACUAGAGACUUUUAAUGUCCAAUUUUAUUUUUAAAAUUUCUGUAAGUGGGGGAGGAGGCCCCCCCUUCCUUUCUCCCACCUGUAUUAUUAUUCAGUAAUAUUGUUAGUGUAUUGUUAAAUUUCAUGUAUUAACUAUAUUUUAAUUGAAAAAAAUGUUCUUUUGAUUUGAUGUACAUAUAAAUUUCCCAUAUGUAACAAUGUGCACUUUUAAAUGAAAUAUUAUGUGAAUGCAUAUUUUAUUACCAAGAUGUGCUUUAUAAAUGAUGUUAACAUAAAUUAUGUUGCAGAAUAAGAAGAUAUUUUAUUUGUCAGACAAUGUUGUUCCAUAGUUUAUAUAUAUAUAUAGUUGUACUACACGUAGAUCCAAUUUAGUCUUUAUCAUCUAAACAUUAAAAAAUCACACCCUGUUCCAUGCAAAUACUAUAUUUUUCUCAUCAUUUUCAUCAAUUUUUGUUCAUUUUGUGUUGAGAUUUUACAUUAAUCGUUUAAGACACAUGCAUAGAACAAAUAAAAUAGCAUUUUAUUGACUUUGAAUUUAACCUUGUAUGAUGUUCAUGUAUAAAAUUUCAUCAUUGACUUUAUGUAAAUCAUGCACUAUUGGUCUUCCAUAGAUACCAAGAUGCUUCGUUGAGAGAAAAUAUUAAAAAAAUUAUUACAUUUCA